UCAGUGCACAACCAUGGAAAAAUGUGGACCUUACAUUGCAAUGGUACUUGUACAAUUAGCUUAUGGUGGAUCAAAUAUCCUCAUCAAAAUUGCCCUGGAGAGGGGACUCAAUCAAUUCGUCUUUGUGGUUUACCGCCAUAUAAUUGCCAUGUUUUUGUUAGGCCCCUUAGCUUAUAUGCUGGAAAGGAAACAGCGCCCGGUGCUCUCAUUUUCAGUGAUGGUGAAGAUUUUUGUGCUUGCAUCACUUGGGACUACCAUCCAUCUUAAUGUUUAUUAUGCUGGUUUAGUCUACACUUCUCCAACAGUGGCAAGUGCGUUGAGUAAUGUUAUCCCCAGUUUGACAUUUCUCAUGGCCUUUCUGCUUGGGAUGGAGAAAGUGAAGAUUACAAGUGCUAGAGGUAGUGCAAAGGUUUUGGGUACGAUUAUUUGCAUUGGCGGAUCACUAAUAUUUACCUUCUGGAAAGGAGACUACCAAUUGAAAAGCUUUAUGCACAGGCCCCUCAUUAACGUGUAUACCGCCAAAAAUCCUGUUGCCACGGAAAGCUGGAUCAAAGGUUCAGCUCUUAUUCUAAUCAGUUACAUUGCUUGGAGUGGGUGGCUAAUCCUCCAGGCUAAGGUCUUCGAAGACUACCCAGCUCGGCUAUCACUCAACACUCUCAUUUGCUUCUUUGCGUCACUGCAAUCAUCUUUCCUUGCCCUGUUCUUCGGAAGAAAUCCAAGCUUAUGGAAGCUGGAGUGGGAUGUACAACUUUUAACCAUCAUCUAUUGUGGAGUCAUAAUCUCAGCAUUAGUGUACUAUCUACAAACAUGGUGUAUCAGCAAAAAGGGGCCAGUUUUUGCAGCAAUGUUCAGUCCACUACUACUAGUUAUUGUGGGAAUAUUCUCGGCAGUUGCUUUUGCAGAGAGACUUCACUUGGGCAGCUUGAUGGGCACAUUUCUUAUAAUUGUGGGGCUUUACUGUGUACUAUGGGGCAAAAGGGCAGAUAGUAAUGUUUCUCAAUCUCAAUCUCAAGCUCAACAAGAGGAUGAUGGAAAAGACUUCGGCCACAAUAGUAACAUUUUAGAGAUUUCCACCACUAAUGAAAGUUAUGCAUGUCAGAAGUGAAUGAUUCUAGUGAAACUAUCCAGCCGCUAUUGGCUCACCAAUUGCAUAACAAUGCAUCUAAUUCAAGACAGUGAUAAUUAGGUCAACUGGAACAGUAGUUCCCAGUUUCAGUUUGGCAAUCAGUAAACAGUAAGAAACUGUCACUCGUUCCACUGAAAUAACUUAAGAAAGGCAGCUGUAAAAGCAAAGCAAAUACUCUUUUAAUUUUUUUCACAUUUAUACUCAUUUGGUUUAUACCUACCAGGCU